AUGAGUGAAGGAGCAGUAUCGAAUGGGCUGUCAGGGUCCGGAGGGAGUGUUAAUGAGGAGCAGGACAAGGAAGGUGGGGAGGAGGAUAGAGAGGAGGCUGGGGAGGAGAGUGGGGAGGGGAGUGCAGAGGGGAGUGGGGAGGAGGAUGAUGGAGGGGAGGAUGGAAGGGAGGAUGAGGAUCAGUAUGCACGUGGAGGCUUCAUGGAUUUGGAUACAAGUGAAUGCUGUUUGCUGCAAGAGGAGGAAUCGGUGAUGGGAGGAGCAGGAGAUUUGGCAACAUUGACCGGAGAUCCUCCAGGUGCUCCAGCGUUGACCAGAAUGGCAGAUGGAGAGUGUUUGCAGCUUGGGGACUUUUCGGAAGUGGCACCGGUAGCGGGAGGAUCAGAUAACCUGGCAGAGCGUACCAGAAAUUCCCUUGAUGCGCCAGAGAGCAUAGAGAACGAGCGUUUGCUGCCCAGGGAUGGGCUGGGAGUGGGACCAGCCGCGGGAGGAGCGGGUAACCUGGCAGAGCUGAUCGCAGAUGUUUUUGAGUUUCCGGAUAGCUUCCCGAAUAGCUCUUUGAACUGUCAACCCAAGAGGAUUAUGCUGCUACGUCCAGAAGACUAUGGGUGUGGCGAGGACAGGAAGAUGGUAGGGGAGAACGGGGAGGAAGGGGAGAAUGCGAGGCAGGGAGGAGGGGAAGUGGUGCAAGGGGAUGCAGAGGAGUGGGAUACGGUGCUGAGCCACAUGCAGGAGGUUGCUGCUGCUGCUGCCUCUGUUGAGUCGGACAAUGUUGGGCUGGACACUUGGAUUCUGGGGGAUAGAGUGGUCCUUGAUGGGUUGACACUACAGGGUGUGACUGUAGAGAGGGCGUGA